AUGCUUUGGAAGGGACUAGUGUUGAGUGCACUAUCAGUUUUAAACUCUGGUAUGAUUUUUGCAAAUGGUGCUUCUGGAAAUUCCACUUCCAGCAGUUUUACAUCAGCAAUCAAAGUCUCAGGUAAUGCCUUUUUCAACUCCAAAACUAACGAAAGAUUCUACAUCAGGGGUGUUGAUUAUCAACCCGGUGGCUCUUCUAAUUUAACUGAUCCACUAGCCGAUAUCGAUACCUGUAAAAGAGAUAUUCCUGUGUUUCAGGAUCUAGGAAUUAAUACAAUCAGAGUAUAUACUGUGGACAACUCUUUGGAUCACACCAAAUGCAUGCAAAUGUUGAGUGAUGCUGGAAUCUAUUUAAUCUUGGAUAUUAACACUCCAGGUGCCUCCAUCUCUAGAUACGACCCUGCAUGUUCUUAUAAUGCCGAUUAUUUACAAAGUGUUUUUGCUACUAUCGAUGCCUUUGCUGGCUACGAUAACGUCCUUGGGUUUUUCGCUGGUAAUGAAGUUAUUAACAGUGAGAACACCACAAAUACUGCCACUUAUGUGAAGGCUGUGGUAAGAGAUAUGAAAAAAUAUUUAAAGGCUAGAGGUUACAGACAAAUCCCUGUUGGUUACUCUGCUGCUGACAUUGUGUCAAACAGACUUCUAGUUGCAGAAUAUUUGAAUUGUGGAGACGAUGCAGACGCCCGAAUCGAUAUGUUUGGUGUCAACGACUACUCUUGGUGUGGUGAUUCUUCUUAUACUGUAUCUGGUUAUGCUGAAAAGGUUAAACUAUACUCAGGUUAUUCUAUUCCAAUCUUUUUAAGUGAGUUCGGUUGUAAUAAAGUCGUUGGCAGUAGACCUUUCACCGAGAUUCAGGCUAUUUAUUCUGAUUCCAUGGCUAAAGUAUUCAGUGGUGGGUUGGUCUACGAGUAUUCUAAUGAAACUAAUAACUAUGGGUUAGUCCAAAUCAGUGAUGAUGGUGCUUCUGUCACGAAGCUUACUGAUUAUUACAACUUGAAAAAGGAAUAUUCUUCUGUUUCUAACCCUGAGGGCGAUGGUGGAUAUUCUACAAGUUACAGUAUCUCUGAAUGCCCAACGUAUUCUAAAGGUGUGUGGGAAGCUAAUAAUACUUUACCUGAGAUGCCAGCUGCUGCAUCUGCCUAUUUCACUGAUGGUGCUGGUGAACCACUAGGUACACUUAUCUCAACCCAAAAUAUGUGUGAUGAUGUUGAAGAUGAUGACUCUGUAUCUAGUCUUUCAUCUGUUGCCUCUACUUCAAACACCACUACUAGUAGCAGCAGCAGCAGUAGCAGCAGCAGUAGUAGUCAAGUUACUUCCUCCACACCUACCGGCAAUACUACCUCCCAAACAACUUCUAAAAGUUUAGUAUCUAAACAAGUUUCGUCGUCAUCACACGCAAGCUCCAGCAAAUCCAAGGGUGCAGGUAACAUCAUCUCAACCCCGUUGUUGUUCCAAUGGAUACAGAAGGUGUGGAAUAUUAUAUUAUGA